AUGGACAGUGUUUGCAUUCCUCCCACGGCACAACUGUUGAUGAACCCUUGGACAAUCAAGUGGGACAACACUGCAAGUGAACUUCAAUUCUCCACUGGAUCCACGAAGGUGCUUGCAGUUAGCUCAUCAGGAGGCAGUCUACAUGGCACCUGGCAUUCUGAAAGCAUUAUCAGUGCUUCAGACCAUCGCCUGAAGAGAGAGGUGGAGCCGCUUCACAGAUCUUUGAAAGGUGAACUCGGUGAACUACCUGCAAGGCCAGACGGAAUCGCAUCCAGUUUGCUGCGCACCUUGGCCUUGCCUGGAUCUGGACUUCAGCUGCAGGCAUCAGAGCAUGCUUUCCAAGCCUUACCUGGAGUGGUGCGAGAGGUUGCUGGCAAGGAUGGCAGACACUUUGGUAUCUCGUACCAGGAUUUGCUUGCAUUUCUCGCAUGUCUUCAGGAGCGUGAGCAGCACUUGCGAACACUUGAGGCGCAGGAAGCCUUUGAACUCAAGCAACAGGAUGAGCAGGAGGGCUUGAUCCAGGCACUCUUAAAGCAGAUCGAGCAGUUGUCGACUCGCUUCGCCGUGCUAAGGCACGGAAGCAAGACCAGAUCUCUUCAGCUGUGA